AAGAAGAGGAGAUGCGGGAAAACUAAAGCGGAUGAGCCUUUAGUAAUCACCAUGAAAAACCCAAAAGCCUCAGAUGUUAAAAAGGGGAUUACAGCCCUAUGGGAGACUCUGCAAUGUCCUAUAUGCUUGGAUAUAAUGACAAUACCAAUAUCUACCAAGUGUGAUCAUCAGUUUUGCAAGUUUUGUAUAAUGAAACUUUUGGAUGGCUCCAAACAAAGCAAAGCUAACUGUCCUGUGUGUAAAUCCAAGAUAACCAAAAGAGGUUUGCAGGAGAGUCCUGGGUUUCAGAGACUUGUUACAGGGCUGCAGGACAUGAUAAAAGCAUAUGAGAAUGACACUGGAACAAACUACUUCACUGGAAUGUCCCAACAGAGAGGAGACUCCAGAGUCAAAAAUGUGGACGUAACUGAAAAACCUUGCAACAUAUUAUCUGGCAACACAUUUAAUAUUGACCUGGGCAACAUGGAACAGAACGACAGGGAUGUUCCUCUGAAGUCCAUCUCCUCAACUGUAGAAGCUCAGAAUGGAUUUGCACAAGUCAUGGACCUGGAAGAUUCAUCUCCUUUUAUGACAGAAAAUGAAGGCCUGGAUAGCGGCCUCGGUGAUGGCCCACCAAUGUCUGAAAAUAAAAUGUCGAGCACUACAGACAAUUUGGAACCAGAAACAACAAACAUUAGGGAAAAACCAACACACGGGAGUAAAAGCAAAAAGAAAUCUGCCAAACUGGAAGCCCCAGCUCAAGAAGAGACCGAACGCAGACUUUUAAGAAAGUCCUCAAGAACGAAGCGGAAAACUGAUUUAGAGUCCGACAGGAUUUUUGAGCAGAAAAAGAAGAAAAGUUUAGAGAAAGUUGCAGAGUGGCUCAUGAAAGUUCCAGCUGAAACUGAGUUGGAGAAACCUCUGGAAAAGGCACAUGACUCGGAUAGCUACUCGUCCACGUCAACUCUGGAUGUUGAACCACACAGUUUUGAGUUGAAUCCUAGGAAAGAAGAUCAUGCCAAAGCCCUAGAAGAACAGGUUUUUGGUGCGGUCUACAAACGAAAAAGUAAGGGUUUUGAUCCCCCGACAGCUGCAGAGGUACUGUCCCACAAAAGAGUUUCCAAACUGAGGAAGAAAAAGCAUACAACUCUUUCUAAAGAACAGCAAGGGAUAGAAAAUAAAGACGACACCAGCAGUGACUUUUUUAAAGAAGUCGAACAGAUGAAAGCUGGGCAUAAUUGUGAUAUGACUAAAAAUGUCGAAGAGUUUAACCAAAUAUCUGUAAAUGACAAAAACGAAGAACAUGAUGUUACCUGUCCUGUGUCAGAUGUUAUACAACAGCAACUUGAAACAGUUACUAAGAAAAUAACUAGUAAAACUGUGCAACAAGUUGACAGUGACUUGCAAGAUCAAGGUCAGGUAAAUUUAAAGAGUCCAGCGCAGAAAAAAGCAGCUUGUAGUAACAGUAAAACCACAAGAUUGGACAAAAAGAAGCUCAAAAAAUGUGCAAAGCCUCUUGUUUUGGUUGGAGUUCAGAACAGGGAGACCAGUUCUAAGCUCAGAGAAAGAUCAGAAGAAGUUCAAGUACAAAUUGAGAAUUAUCAGAGCAGUGAAGACCAAGAAACCCCUGUCUUUAGGAGGACCAGGAGUAAAAAACUUCAGCUUUGUGUAGAAGAAGUCCAGGGAAGUCACAAGAAAGCAACUCUGAAACCCUGUGUGCCCAAAAAGGACAGAAAUGUUACAAAGUCAUCUGAAGUCACUAAAGGUAAAACACUGAACUUCGCACCAAAUGCCACUAAAACAAAUGGAUGUGUUUAUGAUCAAGACAUUGGAGGCAUUGAAAACCUGGAGUCCAGUAAGAAAACCUUUCAUUUGGCACAAGCUGAAAAGGAAAAGCCACAUCCUGAAACUCUCUUUGAAGUUGUUGCAGAGUCUCGUGCUGACACAUCUGACGCAUCUGUGAUAGCGCCAACAUAUGAAAACGACAAGCCAGCAAAUAGUCCUCCCAAUGAAGUUCAGCAGGAACCCCCGGUUAUCGAGGCUAAAUGUGCCCAGACAGAAAGCGAAGCAAAUGACAGUGAGCUGGACACGGAGCAACUUCUCAGGAGCUUUAAAGCUGCUAAAAGAAAAUCUUUUCAUCUUGGGGACACAAAUCUAAAGAGGAGUCGUUUGUCAGACAAAGGAACUGUGAAUGGGACCGAAGCAGAAGGUGGCAUUGAAACUUCACAAAAGCAGAUGUGUAGMGAAAUAGUCAAGGGCUCUAAAAAUGCGGACGAAUCGUCUUGCAGUGAUUUAAUUCCUCCUUCCAACUCACCCUUCCAAAGGAAAACUGCUGUGGAUAAACCACAUCACCCUGUGGUAGAAGCAUCGUUCCCUGAUAGUAGCUACUCUGUUGGUCUCAGUCCCAAUAAAAUCUCAAAGCUUGACAGAGAAAGCCCUGUAGUCUCUCAGGUCGUAGAUUCUGGCCUCCAGUUCACAACUGUUGAACCUGAAGAGCCAAAUGAAGCCUCAAAGGACUCUCAGGUAAGAGAGGGUCAGCUUGAUUUUGGUAAAGCGACAGAGAUCGACCCAAAUGAACAUAACCUAAAUGCAGAGGCCUCUUUAACCCCUAAUGAUCUGAUGGCCCCAGCUCUACAGAAUACUUACAAAACAACCAGCAGCUGUAGUGGGGAGGUUAGCACCCAUUCUUCCAUUAAAUCCAACUUGAGGAAGAAGAGAACAGCUCAGAAGCUGGAGUCUUCAUCUGAGUCCAAUAGCAGUGGUUCCAAGGAGGAAUUACCAACUUUGACUCAACUCUUCGGAACAUCAACCCACCCACCUGCUGGAGUUGAAGACCAGGGAGGCUCCGGUGGCGAGAAGACGUGCAAGAGUGUUUGCGAUAAAACCGAUGGAGCAGAACCACAACGUUUUCCACCUACGUGUCCCAGUCCAGACGGUCUCAACUCUAGUCAAGCAUCUGUGGACUUGUUUGGCACACCAGAUGAAUGUGAUGUUCCAGAAAAUGACACUGGUCCCAUGGAAUCAUCUCAAUUCUCAAGUGAAGUCCUUGAGACACAGCAAAAAAUAGAGAUGCAGAAGGAGCUGGUGAGGCUGGGGAAACUGAUUUCUCUGGUGUCCGAGGUGCUUCAGGAGAAAGAAGGCAGUCCUGUGAGAGAAGGGCCCUCAGAAACACACCAGGGCUGUCAAAAUAMAAGCCCAGACAGUCACAGACCCCUCCUCCAUGAGCAGGAGCCAGACCAGGAUUUGUGCAGUAUCGGCWGUAAAAGACACAAACAUGUCUAAGACGCCUAAUUCGACCUCUGCAGCCAAAACCAUCAAAGGCUGUGAUUCCCCAUCAGAUGRGCAAGAGAACAAAGAAAAUAACAGUCCUCCGACUGAAAGGCGUAAUGUUAAGCUGGUUCUUGUAUCGUCUGGACUGGGCACCGCUGAGCAGAUAUUGGUGAAGAAGUUUGCCAAGAGAAUUGGGGCCCGUGUGGUUUCCCAAGUGACUCCAGAGGUGACUCAUAUCAUAAUGCGUACAGAUGAGCAGCUAGUGUGUGAGCGCACACUGAAAUACUUCCUUGGCAUCGCAGGCAGGAAGUGGGUGGUCAGCUUCCAGUGGAUUUCUGAAUGCUUCAAACAAAAGAAACUCCUUGAUGAGAGUCCAUUUGAAGUGAGAGGUGAUGUGGUGAAUGGGCCAAAUCACCAGGGUCCCUCAAGAGCUCGAAACACAGAAGCAAAUAAUCUCCUCAUGAAAGGCUACAAGAUCUGCUUCCAAGGACCUUUUACAGACAUGUCUACAGAUGAAUUGGAGUGGAUGGUUGAGCUCUGUGGAGCAGCUGUAGUUAAAGAUCCACUUCUCCUUGACAGCAAACAGACCUCUCCAGAAAAGCCACAGUUGUGACCCGCGGUUGGCUGUUGGACACCGUGGCGACGUACACCCUGCAAAACUUCAACAACUACACGUGAAGAAGACCCACGUCCUCACGGUCCUCUCGUGGUUCAUUUAACGGUUCAUUUUUCUUAAAGUUCACUUCUUAAACCAAACCUGUCUGUUCUUGUGAAAUAUGUCUGUAUAUGAUGUGCAUAAAGUUUAAUCCAUAACAAACACUAGAGGGUUUUUUGUUUUGUUUUGUUUGUUUUAUUACAAAGAAGUGUCUGCAUUCAGCCAAAUGCAGACUCGAUAAAAACAGCUGUCUUCUUUCUUCUCCUGUUUUCCUUUCCUGUGUUUCCUUUUCUGUCACUAUUAUCACUGUUCUUUUCUGUGAAGAAUAAAGUAAACCUCCUGAUCAUA